AUGGAUGCCGAAAUUCAGCAGCUGGCCAAUGAGUUUUUAUAUGCAAUCCACAAUUUAAAAUCCAAGUCUGAUGAAGAGGUGCAGACAUCUCUUCAACUGAUCCAACAAAUAUUAUCUCUACACUUUGCAAUACCUGAAUCUUUUUCCAAACAAAUCUUUAUUCAGCUUGGCUUUCUCAAAAAGAAAUCAAAACACUCUGAUACAUUAAUAAGAGCCCUGCAAAUAGAAAGCGUGCUUCUCACCAAUUACGACUCAUCUUGGCUAAAUGAAAAUUCUCAAGAAAGCGAAAUGCAUGUUACAAUUCUUUUAAGCGGGAUAAUCAAGCUUGCAGAAGAGAGUGAUUCACGGGUAAGAAAAGAAGCUUGGAGUACACUAAAUUCGUUUUUUACAGUAAUUUCUCAACAAGAAAUAAUCAAAAAGUGCUAUCCUGGAAUAAUGAAAUGCUUGAUAAGUGAAGUUGAAAGAUUUAAUAAUCAGGGGCUCGGGACAUCAAAAUAUGCGUUUGGGAUAACAAUUGAAGUCUUAAUUAAAGUGCUGGAAUAUAUUUCUGAUAGAAAUAAUGAUGAGUGGACGAUUUUUGCCAAAGAAAAAUGCAAAGGUUUUAUAUCAAGCUUAUCUAAAGAGCUAAUUUCUAUAGUUGCAUCAAAUUACGAUUAUUCAAAAGAAAUAAUGCUUGAUUUGCUAAAAUUUCUCCUUGAAAAUUUGAAAGAAACUCUCGAUUUAAAUUUCAAAGAAAUUUUGAAGUGCUACAUAUUAAUUUCAGCUGAUCUUGAAGUAUUUCCUUUUUUAUCACUUAUAGAUAAAAACGAUUUAUACUCAAUAUCAUAUUCAUUACUGAAAAGUUUAAUUUUAAUCACUGAUAUAAGCAUGAAAAAAAGAUCAAUGAAUUCUCUAGUUUAUUCUUUACAACUACUAGGAGACUCUUUGCCUUAUUUUCUUACAAGAAAAGCAAAUGAAAUUGUGAGUAUUAUAAAACAAAUUAUCAAAUUUUCUGUUUCGGUUUUAAGAGAGUUCAGCCUUAAAAAUGUAAUAGAAUAUUGUGAAAGAGAUGAAAACUGUCAUAAGUCUCUGGAAAAGCUGUUAACAAUCAUUGUGAAAUAUGAAAUAUUUGAUCAGCUGAUAGAGGAGCAGAGUGAGGGGCAAAGAAAAUUAGCUAAAAAUAAUGAUUUUGGCAUAGCUGAUGACUUACUGAAAAUUGCUUAUCUCCUAAGCUUCAGCUGGCCACAAAACUCAAUUUACAUCCUCAAAGAAUUAACUAUUAAAAGUUGUGAGACUGAAAAUAAAUUUAUUAUUAGAAGUCUGCUUUUGCAAUUAACUCUAAAACAUUCUAACUCCUCCCCUCGUUGAGCGUACAGACCAUUGAAAAAAUCCCUUUUUUUGGUAAAGCCAACCCUCUGUGAAAGAAUAAAAAAAUAUUUUAUAAAUCUUUGUGAUGAUAUAUAAAUGAUUGCUAUUAUAAUGAAAAAUGCCAAGCUAAUUCUGUUUAAUUUUAAGCAGCUUGCAUUUUAAACAUAAAUUUUACAAAUUAAAUUAAUUUUAGCUUUCCAAUUUUCACAAAUUGGAUUUUUUUUAAAUUUUUGGUUAAAAAAAUAACCCCUUCCGUGACCAAACAAAAUUUUUUGUUCGCUCACAGAGGGAGGGGGAGUAAAGAAAUGGAGCUUACUGACAUCUUGGAUAGCAUCAUGCUAACUUAUGAAGAAUCCACAAAAGAAUCUUGCUUAAAUUUAAUUGAAACAAUAUCAAAAGAGAAAAAUUUCGAAAGCAUUAAUGAGAUGAUUAAAAAGGAGUAUUCAAGUCUGAAGCAAUCAAUGAUCGCGAAAAUUAAGAUCUUUGGGAUUGAUCAAAUUAAAUCAGCCUUGCUUUGUCUUCUUGAAAUUUCUCAAAAUGUCGAUUUGCUGACAGAUUCAUUGCUUGCGUGCCUGCAGAAAUUUGAUAAAUCAUAUCAAAUUAUGGAUGUGAAAACUAAGCUCGGCUAUAUUGAACUAUUUUCAAUGCUAGUUCCAUACAUUCGUGAAUUCCAGAUUUCAGAAAAAAUCCAGAACGCAAAUCUUAUCAGAAGCAUUUUGAUGAGAUUAAAGCUAUUUUUAGCUCUUAAAAUGAAUCAGCUUGAAAAUCGUAAGCUUAUUAUGGCAACAAUCAACUUUUAUAUAUCUUCAGUCCCGUGCUUAUCUAAUUUUCCAAUAGAAAUUGAUAGACUAGAUAAAUCUCCAUUCGCUAUAGAAGAAGGACUCAAUGUUACAAUUCCGAAUGCUCUAACUGAAAUUUCUUAUGAAUAUUUUCCAUCACUUGUAUUUUGCAUGAAAUCAUUGGCAGACUCAAAUUGUUUCGGUAUAUCAUUAGCAAUUUUAAAUCUGUUUUCUUUAAUAUCUCAAAAAAACCCAGAAUUUUUUGUAACUGAAUCAAGAUUUUCAAAACGAAUUUUCCCAAAUAUAAAGAUUAUCAUGCUUCAGCCUCAUUCAGAUCAAUCUUAUAAGAGUAGACUAUAUCGUGAAAUUGUGGACCUAAUAAAACUUUUAGAUAGAAAAUGCAUUGAUGAAAUUAAGCCUGAGAUUAUUGGAUGCUCAAAGUAUUUAAUUAACUCACAGUUUGAAGAAAUCAAGGCAAUUGGUGAGGAACUUAAUAGUUACGUUCUGUCUUCUUAA